AAAACUUUUUUUUGUCAUUUAACAUUCAUUUCCCCACCAAACAGAUUAAACACAACACAACAGCGAGGAGAAAAAAGAAGAUAGUGAGGCCAAAAAAUCUCAGCAAGAAGAGGAAGAGAAGUUCCUGGUGAUGGAGCCGCCGGAAAAAUUCGCCGGAGACAAGGCCUCCGAUCAACAAGAACAGAAGCGGCAGCUUCAGAUCCAUGGCCCUCGACCUUCUCCUCUCAGCGUCAGCAAAGACUCCCACAAAAUCAAGAAACCCCCGAAGCCUCCGCCGCCGCACGCUCCGCCACGCGCCGCCGUAUUCGUCCCAAGAGAACCGGUGGUGAUCUACGCGAUCUCUCCCAAGGUCGUACACACCACCGUCUCCGAUUUCAUGACGGUGGUCCAGAGGCUCACCGGAAUCUCAUCGGGGGUCUUCCAGGAAUCCGACGCCGGAGGCUUGUCGCCGGCGGCGAGGUUAGCGGCGACGGAGAAUGCUAGCCCGAGGGUGAAGGAGCCGGCAAGAGAUGCGGCGAAUGACGUCGCCGGGAUCUCAGAGGCUGCGGAGGAAGCGGUGGGGUUGGGUCGUCCUCCGGGGAUACUCUCGCCGUCUCCAGCGAUGUUGCCGGUGGUUCCUGCGGGAAUAUUCUCUCCGGCAGUUUCCGCCGGAAUGUUCUCGCCGGCGGGGAUGAUGAGUCCGUUUGUAAUGUUUAGCCCGAGUUAUAUGCCAGGCUCAAGUAUGGUUUCUUCUCCAACUCUAUCUUCUGAUUUUUUCAGCCAAAUUUGGGAUUUGUAGCCUUUUUCUUUUUGUCAGAUUUUUCAUUUUUGUUUUAAUUUUGACAAAUUAGUUUAACCCAAAUGGGGUUAAGAGUUAAUGUAAUUUAACUUGUUUAAUGACUUAAACUUUACAUUAA